UCCUCAGCUUGACUCACUGUUCUCUCCUCACUCUCUCUAUAAAACCCCACACGAAGAACUCUUCACCUCAUCACCGAGUUUUUUUUUAGCUCCUCCUCUCGCCUACCUCUUCACCUCAAACUUUCUUUAUUUACCGUUUGAUCUCAACUUUUUCUUUGAUCACAUCUCUCUAAGCUAUGGAAAUUAAGAAAGCUGUGUUGAAAGUGGAGUUGCAUGAUGAGAAAGCCAAGAAAAAAGCCAUGAAGACAGUCUCUGGUCUUUCAGGGGUGGAUUCAUUAUCCAUCGACAUGAAGGAGAAGAAGAUGACAGUGACAGGGGACAUUGAUCCAGUAUGCAUAGUGUCCAAACUGAGAAAGCUGUGUUGCACUGAAAUAGUUACAGUCGGACCAGCAAAAGAGCCUGAGAAGAAAAAGGAUGAGACGCCGAAGAAGCCAGCAGGAGAUCAGAAGAAAAAUCCAGAUCCGGUGGCUUACCGCCUGGCCUAUCAUCCUCAUGUGCCCCCAUAUUAUUAUGUUUCAUGUGUAGAGGAUAAUCAUAAUGCUCGUGUCAUUUAUUGGUGAUUUUGGGAAAUUUGGGUGGUUAUUAGAACUUCAUUAGUGAUUACACUACAGCUGUACAAAAGUUGUUGGUGUUGGGUUGUUUUAUAUUAAUGAAUUGUGGGUCUUAUUUUGGUAUUAAUUAAUGCAUACCAAUUUGAUAGUGAUUUUUUAUUAA